AUGAUCUUUCAUUGUGUUUUGACCUCAGUACAAUCAACGCGGUUACCAAAAGAUGAGAGAAAGUGGGACGACCUGGAUCUGAGCAAGUUGUGGAGCAAAGAAGAAUUAGAGUCAAUGGCUGGGCAAGGUCGAGAUAAGCCACUCCUCCUACGUUACGUCAGUCAAGAGGACGUUGAGCGUCUACUUGAGGAUUUAGGAGACUACUUUGCACUUCAUGGAAGAAUCAGGAUUACCACUGGCUAA